CAAAAUUUAGGUUAGGGUUUCAGAAUUUUAAUUUUGAUUGUUUACUCACUCUCACAGUGAGAAAAAAUGUCGUAUUUUCCAUUUUAAAUAGUCACCUUUUGCACUUAAGCUUUCAUCAUGGGUUUAACAAAACAGUACUUACGUUUUGUGCCAAGUGGUGUGUGUAAUAUCAUUGCAAGUUCCACAUGCAACAUUUGUUUUGUCGUUGUGAACGGCCAAGAAGGAAGAUUUGUCGCUGUAGGUGCUGCUGAAGAUGUCGUGAUAUGGGACUUAAGGCUUUCUGAAAAGACUCAGCAAUAUACUCGGGACUCCAAGUUCUUAGCGACAUACAUUGCCUCAAGUGAGCAUUACCUUGCCGUUGGCUACUCAGAUGGGACAGUCAACACUUUUGACUUGAGGUCAGGAAAUUUGUUGCAAGUGUUCCCUGGACAUCGAUCACCCAUCAGUUCUUUGGCAUUCGAUCCAAGAAAUCUCCGUCUUGCAUCCGGAGCCAAGGACACAGAAAUUGUUGUCUGGGACUUGGUGGCUGAAAGUGGUAUUCAACGACUCAGUGGUCACAAAGGAGUUAUAACGCAACUUAAGUUUAUGGAUUCUCGCAAUAUUCUAGUAUCAGCAUCAAAGGAUACUUUCAUUAAAUUUUGGGAUUUAGAUACCAACUAUUGUUUCAAAACUCUUGCAGGUCAUGUCACUGAGGUUUGGAGCUUAAAUAUCCUCCUUAAUGACUCCUAUGUGAUUGCUGGCAGUUCAGAUAGUGAAUUGCGAGUUUGGAAAAUCUUGGAGACAACAGACAGUGACAUUUCUAAAAUAGAAGAAAGAUUGAACAAUUUACUGGUAGGAGAAGACACAUCAGAUGUAGCGUGCCCUAUUCGAUGUGAAAAGGCAGGCUCAAUUCUCUGUAAACGAAGAGGUAGAGUUGUUUCCAUGGUGUCAGAUCCAACUAGGUCAAUCUUAGCAUGUCAUGGUGAUGACAAAAUUGUGGAGUUAUUUCAAUUUGUCUCUGAUGAAGUAACAGAUUCAAGGUUCCAGAAAAGGCUAAAGAAGCAGCGGAAAAAAUCUAUUAACUCUGAAGAGAUGUCUGAACUAGACAAUGAAACAAGUCCAGGCUUGCGAGAUAGAGUAGUAAGACUGGCUAUCAUAAAGACUGACCAUAAAAUCAAAUCAGUGGAUUUGAUUAUGGGUAGAGGUGAAGAAAUUCGAGUUGCAGUAUUAUUAAACAACAACUCUGUAGAAUUGCACUCGCUAACUGUUUCAAAUACCAAAGAGUCACAGUUGAUACGAAAACUGACAGCACAAGGCCAUCACUCAGAAGUCCGUGCUGUUGCAUUUAGUUCUGAUAACUUAGCAUUUGUUUCUGGAGCUGGCUCCGAUGUUAAAGUUUGGAAUAGGGCCUCCUUGACUAGUCUGCGAACUGUGCCAACAGGAUAUGUGUUAAGUCUUUGUUUUGCACCCGGUGACCGUCAUGUUCUUGCUGGCCUGAAGGAUGGAAAGUUACUAAUCAUUGAUAUUGCAUCAGCUGAUGUAUUAGAAGAAAUUGAAGCACACACAGCGGACUUGAACUGUGUAACUUUACUGCCUGACUUGACUGGUUGUAUAACUGGCGGUGGAGACAAAACUGUGAAAGUAUGGCAGUUUGAAUUGAUUCCUGCGCGGGCGGAUGAUUCUGAUCCGGAAAACGUUAGAUCAAAAGCUAAAGUGUUGUCCUUACUGCAUUUGAGAACAUUGAAGUUGGAGGAAACUGUUCUGUCCCUGAGAGCAAGUCCAGAUAGUAAAUUAUUAGCUGUUGGUCUUUUAGACAGCACUGUUAAAAUAUUUUUCCUGGAUACAUUCAAGUUUUUCCUGAAAUUGUAUGGUCACAAACUACCCAUAUCUUGCCUGGAUAUCUGCGAUGAUUCAACCCUGAUAGUGACCGGUAGUGGAGACCGAAAUAUUAAAAUUUGGGGUCUAGAUUUUGGUGAUUGCCAUAAAUCAAUUUUUGCCCAUGAGGACACUGUUACAAGCGUAGUAUUUGUACCUAACACUCACCAGUUUUUCACAUCUGGUAAAGAUGGGUUUAUAAAGCAAUGGGAUGCAGAUAAUUUUGAACGAAUCAUCACUCUACAGGGUCAUCAUGGUGAAGCAUGGAAUCUAGCAAUCAGUCCAAACGGACAGUACCUCGUUAGCUGUGGUCAAGACAGAGUUAUCAGACUUCAUGAAAUUACAGAGGAGCCGCUGGUAUUAGAGGAUGAACGUGAAACUGAGAGAGAGCAAGAAGAAGAGGCAACUUUGGCAUCUGGUCAAGAUACAGUUGUGGCUGGUGGAGCAGCUCUCAAUUUACCAUCAAAGAAAACAGUCGCUGCUGAAAAGGCUGCGGAAUUGAUUCUUGAGUGUUUGACAGAGAGUGAAAAAUAUCGUUUGGCUGCUGAAGAAAAUAGACUAGAAGGCAAAAAACCGCCUCCUCUCCCUGCCAUUAUGCGAGCAUAUCAAGUUACAUGUUUAGAGGAGUAUCUUCUGGAAAUGUUAGCAAGAGCCAGAGCCAGUGAAUUAGAAGAAUGUCUUAUACUUUUACCGUUUUCAUCAGUUUGUCAACUCCUAGAACUUCUGGUUCCUCUUCUCAAAACACCACACCAUCGGACUGAGCUAGUUGUUCGCACUCUAAUCUUUCUGGUCAAAGUUCAUCAUGGACCAAUCACCAGCGCAUAUACAAUUCUUCCCACCCUUAGAAAACUUACUCAGCUAGCUCGAGAUAGGAUAAAAGAAUUGAAGGAUCUAAAUGGAACUAAUCUCUAUGGACUCUUAUUCCUUCAACGUAAAAUUGAAAGGGAUGAAGGCAUCGACAUAUUUACAGAAGCUGUCAAGGACAGACGUGAGAAGGAUCGACGGAAAAGAAAAAGAGAAAAGGUUGCCAAAGCAGCCAUCAUUGCUUUAUAGGAUGUUUGGAAGUCUAAAUGAAACUUUACUGAUCUUUUGAUUUUAAAAAUUGAAGUAUGAAUUGUUUUAGUUUAUCAUGUUAACAAGUAUCAACUGUCCAAACAAAGGACGGACAAUGAAGUACCUGUUACCGGUAGUGUAUGAAUUUUUAUGUAAAUAAAACUCAUUUUUAUUUUUUAACAAA